CCCUCGGCUCUAUUCCCCCGGGCCUCUGACCUCAUGCAAUUGGUCGCAACUCAGCUUUUCGACUGCCUCGUCCGCUGUACUUCAACGCCCUGCAGCUGCCCGCGCCGAGCAUCGCCAGACCAGCAGCUGAAAAGCGACGGCGUUUUGGCGCAACCAAUUCGACGCCCCUCUCUCGCUUGCAACCGAUCACCUUCGAUCUCCAUCUCCAGAUUGCAUCUCCAAACCAUCUUCAUCGCCACAAUCUACGAUUAGCUACACUCAAGCUCCCGCUCUGAUAGCGGCGAUGGAGGCUCCCAAAGAAGCUCUCGCGGAUGCGGCUGGCGACAGCGUGCCAACCUCUGCUCCUCCUCCUACCGCCGUCCAGGAAUCUCAUCAGCCGCAAAGAAUUGUCGCGUCGCAUCCUGCGCCCCCUCAGCGAAACCCAAUGAUUACACGCGAUAGAUUUAACCACCAGUCGCUCGGCGCAUCUCUAAAUUCCUCGGUUAAGCAUGCGCGGGUGCUCAUGGUGGGCGCUGGCGGCAUCGGCUGCGAGCUUCUGAAAAACCUCGUGCUCAACGGCUUCGGCGAGAUUCACAUUGUCGACCUCGACACGAUCGAUCUUUCCAACCUCAAUCGCCAGUUUCUCUUCCGACAUGAACAUAUCAAGAAAUCAAAAGCAUUGGUUGCCAAAGAGGCAGCACAGAGAUUCAACCCAAACGUCAAGCUUGUUGCGCAUCACGCUAAUAUUAAAGACUCCGAGUUCAGCGUUCCCUGGUUUCGCGACUUCAAGAUCGUUUUCAAUGCUUUAGACAACCUCGACGCCAGACGGCACGUGAACAAGAUGUGCCUGGCGGCGGAUGUUCCGCUCAUCGAGAGCGGGACGACUGGUUUCAAUGGCCAGGUUCAAGUCAUCAAAAAGGGCAUUACGGCUUGUUAUGACUGCACUCCCAAAGAGACGCCCAAAUCAUUCCCUGUCUGUACCAUUCGAAGCACACCGAGCCAGCCAAUCCAUUGUAUAGUAUGGGGCAAAAGUUAUCUGCUAAAUGAAAUAUUUGGCGUCAGCGAAGAUGAAUCAGCUUUCGAUCACUCAGCAGAUGCGGAUAAUGCCCAGGAAAUCGAGGAGUUAAAGAAAGAAUCAGAAGCACUAAAGAAAAUUAGAGACGCAAUUGGAACACCUGAAUUUCCAAAACUGCUCUUCGAUAAGGUUUUCAAUUCUGAUAUCGAGCGCUUGCGGUCUGUAGAAGACAUGUGGAAAUCGCGUCGCGCCCCUGAAGCGCUCAAGUACGAAGAUGUACUUGCACGAGCUAGUCAGAGCCUCGAGUCAAAAGACGCCAUACUGGCAGACGGACAGAAGGUCUGGACCCUCGAAGAAAGUCUUGUUGUCUUCAAUGACAGCCUCGACCGGCUUAGCAAGCGACUGCUUCAGCUGAAAGCGACAAAGAACGCUGCGUCGCCUGAGCCAACCAUUACCUUUGACAAGGAUGACGAUGAUACGCUAGACUUUGUAGCAUCCAGUGCAAAUAUUCGCUCCACCGUAUUCGGCAUUGAUUUGAAAUCUCGCUUCGAUAUCAAGCAGAUGGCCGGCAACAUCAUACCGGCGAUUGCUACAACAAAUGCAAUUGUCGCAGGUCUCUGUGUUUUGCAAUCCUUCAAAGUGCUCAAAGGGGAAUAUGCGCAGGCUAAAGAAGUUUUCCUAACGCCCUUUGCCAACGCAAGACUUUUGGCUCCGGAUAGAAAUCGAGAGCCAAACCGCGACUGUCCUGUCUGCGGCAUUUAUUACACCAGCGUUGUUGCCGACCUGAGUAGAGCAACACUGCACGAUAUUGUUGAAGGCUUGGUGAAGAAUCAGUUUGGCUAUAGAGAUAAGGAGUUUUCCGUGAGCAAUGACGUGGGCGUGUUAUAUGAUCCUGAUGAGACGGAUAAUCUUGAGAAGAAGCUCACAGAACUUGGUAUCAAAGGAGGCAGUUUCCUCACAGUCACUGAUGAGGAUGAUGAAGAUACGCUCGUCAAUGUGGUGAUUGAUAUUCAGGAUGGGAUCUUGGAUAACCAAAAAGAAUCAUUCCGUCCGGUUCACGCUGGGCGGCCCGAAAUUCCCCACAAGCCAAAGAAAUCUUCGCCAGUUGAGACCAAUGGCAACGGCCAUGACCAACAAAAUGGAAAGCAUUCUCUAGAUGAUGAGAUGGUGGUGGAGGAAUCCAAAGGCAUCAAGAGGGCUCUUCCUGAUGAUGAAAGCCCCCCUUCCAAAAAGGCCAAGAUGAUUAGCUCUGCAGAUGAUGAUGUAGUCGUCGUAGAAGACGCUGGCGGAGCCAUCGUCAUCGAUGACUGAUGAUAGAUUCACGGACAAACUUGCUGCGCUGUCUUCAGGCAGCACUCAGCCCACCAUCUAGGUUGAGGAUGCAGUUGUUUGCGAAACCGUUGAACGCCAGAAACAGAGCGGCAUCGGCAACCUCUGCAGGAUCCGCUACUCUAUUAAGAGGCGUAUCUUUGAGGUAAGCUUGCUGGAGUUCUGGCUUGAGAUCUAAUGAUGAGAUGUACAUUAGCUUGGGUACAGGAGCCACGAGAGCAUUAUACUAUAGGAAUCAUGAAAGAGCAAAAAGCGGCUGGGAGGAAGAUGCAUACCAGUCCACAUGGAGCUGUUGACCCAACCGGGCAGCAGAGCAUUUACACGGAUAGAUCGAGACGCCAUCUCACGGCACAGGGCACGAGUAAAACCUAGGAGAAGAUUAGCUUCCGACCACAUGAUGAAAUGUAAAAAAUAACAAUGUAUGUUAAUAUAUAUCAGAAAAAAUUGAGAUAUAGCAGCAAUAGGAUUCGCUCUUACC